AUGCUGCCACUUUACAGCGACGAGCAAAGUAGAUGCACAGGAGCUAGCAGCAGUGGCGCGGCGGGGGCCGUGGACACUGUAGACAGUUUGACGAGUUGCUGUGUGCAACAUCAAGGAGCAAAUAAAGGUCCUGGAAAAAUAAAUCAUGGAGAUGAUCCUGCGACCUGCAAAGGAAUAGGAGUAGGAAAUAAGCAGGACCACAUGGAAAUAGUGGAAGAAGUAGGUGGUCAACAAGACGGGAACAGUAAGAGCAACAGCGGAACAAGUGGUAACAGCUUGGAGCAGGAGGGAUCGCUCAUGUCCGUUUACGACGUAGAACCUUUAGAGCAGGAACAUGACAAGUCCACAAAAAAGCCCACGACGGAAAGCUGCGAAAUCCAAAGUUUUCUCUAUGACAACCAAACCUCCUCGAGGCCAUCUCACAACCGCCCCGCGACCAGCGAGUCGAGUCGCAACGCCACAGUGUCGGAGGGAACCGGGGUCUUGUCAUCCGCCCAAUCGGGAUUGAGUAGCCAAGCCAGGGAAAGCGCAAGCUCCAUGUACGCGAAUGAGGGUGAUCUAUUGAUGGGCGACCACAACAACUUCCGGGGCCGUUUGCAUUUGGGCAGUUCGGAGGGGCGGAAUGAAGAGAAUAGAUUGCCACCGAUUUUAGGCACCACCUCCAGUGGAGUUGUUCCUGCCCUAAUGGGACCUCCGACGGAUACCUCAGGUGACCACGAUACACCUGCAGAAGCAUGCUCCUCGGGUGACAGCUACUACGCUGAUAUGAUAUCUGCGGGUUCCUCCUCACCCGCGGAUGUUGGUGGUUCAAAUAAUAUAGCAGGAGGAAUAAAAAUAAAUCAUACGGAUCAUGCCUUGAAUACAGCAUCCGGAACCAAAACGAAAAAAACGCCAACCUGGAAGAAGAUGGCACACAGUGUUUUCAACAAAAUGGGCAGCAGCAAGGGUUGUGCAGUCUCAACACCAACACCUACUACUACGCCAGAACAUAGUCCUGAAAAGCAGCCGGACUCCUGCUCUCUACCCUUGAUGAAGAACCUAGCCGGACCACCUCCGCCCGAUCAUGCGGGUGUGGUCGUGCCAAAGAAAUCAAUGGCGUCCUCCUUUCUCGGCCGAGGUGCCGACCACAAGGCGUCUGUUCAAGUCGCGCCAAUGGUGCCAUCGUUGGACAGCGAUAACUUCAGUAAUUGCAUCCUGCCUCGCGUGCCGACUUCUUCCGACGCGGACCUGCUGUCCCAGGGAUCGUCGGGAACAAAAGGGAGCAACAAGUCGGGAAGUGGAGGAAGUAAAAAGGGAUCACCCGGAGGUGGAGGAGGAGGGGGGAAAAACAGUCCAACCGGGGCGGAAAAAGGAACUGUGAAGCUUCCAGCGGUAGAACAAGUACAACAAGGUACUAAUCAUGCUGCUGCGCCAUCGUCCUCCAAAACAGCACCAAAUACUAGUAGUGGUAACAGCGCAGCCUCGAAGUUUCUGUCGCAAGCGAAGAGCAAACUGGCUGCGAUGAAGACGUCGACUUUUGGCGGGACGAGCGGAACUCCAGUUGUUCCAGAUUCACCAAGUGGCUCAUCUCCGCACGGAAGCAAGCAGGUGCCUCCAGUAAAGGGC